AUGGCCAAGGCAAAUGAAGAUCUUCUUCGGCGACCGCUGUAUCUCUAUGAUCUGCCCGCCGAGGUCUUGGACAACAUAGUUCUCAAAGCCGAUGCCGAUGCCGAAGCUGAGGUCAUUGCUGCCGCCGAAUCCACAUCAUCAUCAACUGCCGAAAGCCCCUCGUCUUCGGAUACCAGCCUUGUCGGAACACAAGCUUGUUCUUUGUGUGGCCUCACGUUCACGACCGUGAUAGAUCAGCGCGGACAUCUGAAGUCCGAUUUGCACCACUACAAUCUCAAACAGAAGUUGCGCGGGCAAAAAGCUGUGUCGGAAGCCGAGUUCGAAAAGUUGGUGGGAGACCUGGAUGAAUCAUUAUCGGGUUCUGAUUCGGAUGAGUCAGAGGAAGAGGAGGAGGACGGCCGACAAGAGUCAACUCUUACUACACUAUUGAAGAAACAAGCAAGACUGGUCGACAAGGCAGUUGAUGCGAACGGUGAUGAUGAAGAGGGAGAGACUGCAGGCAGAGCAGGUCGAGGCAAGCCACCUCUUAUAUGGUUCAGCUCUCCAAUGCUGCCUGAAAAGACAUACUUUGGAAUGUACCGUGCCAUUCUGACAGGCGAGGAGCAAAGAAACCAAGAUCUGGUGGAAGUGUUGAAGAAGAAGCAGGUGGAGCCCAUUUCCAUGCCCAAGAUUCUCAAGGAGGGCGCGUUACCGGAAGUUGCCUACAAAGGUCCUCACAUCUUCCUCUGUAUGAUUGGAGGUGGCCAUUUUGCAGCAAUGGUUGUCUCUCUAGCUCCACGACCUAAUAAGAAUGGGACCACCAUGAAUCGAGAGGCGACGGUCCUAGCUCACAAGACUUUCCACCGAUAUACGACACGAAGAAAACAGGGUGGUUCCCAGUCGGCCAACGACAACGCCAAAGGGGCUGCCCAUUCAGCUGGUUCGAGUUUGCGACGAUACAAUGAGCAGGCGUUGGUGGAGGACGUGAGAAAUCUCCUUCAAGACUGGAAAGGUCUUAUCGACACUUCAGAGCUGCUGUUUAUCAGAGCGACCGGGGUAACAAAUCGAAGAACUCUAUAUGGCCCAUACGAGGGCCAAGUACUGAAGCAUAACGAUACUCGACUGCGGGGUUUCCCAUUCAGCACACGGCGAGCGACGCAAAAUGAGCUCAUGCGAUCCUUCAUCGAAUUGACGCGACUCAAGGUUCGGGAGAUCAUUCCUGUAGAGGAGACCAAAAAGGAGAUAGAGUCUGUUACCCCAAAGACAAGUUCGAAGCCCUCAAAGCCCAAGCUGUCGGAAGAGGAAGAGACAGCGCUGCUCCACACAUCUCAGCUGCAGGCGUUUGUGAGGAGGUCGAAAGUACCCGCUCUGCUCUCAUAUCUCAAGAAUAACAAUAUCACUGCCGACUUCGAGUUUCAGCCUGUUGAGCAGAAUCACCACGCUCCUCGACCACUUCACCUCGCCGCUGCCCAGAAUGCCGCUCCAUUAGUACUUGGUCUCCUUGUUCGUGGAGGCGCAAAUCCUACCAUCAAAAACAACGAAGGCAAAACGCCUUUCGAACUUGCUGGCGAAAGAUCCACGCGCGAUGCCUUCCGUGUCGCCCGCUCUGAGCUUGGAGAGGCUAAAUGGGCGUGGGACGAUGCCAAGGUACCUCCCGCCAUGACGAAAGCCGAAUCUGACAAGCGUGAUGAGAGGGAAAAGAAGGAAGCUAGCGAUAAAGAAGCUGAGCGACGGAAGGCCGAGGAGGAGAGGUUAAAGAUCGAGGGGCCCAAGGUGCCUGAGGGGCGCAAGCAAAAGGGAAAUACUUUGGCAGCGGGUCUGAAGCAAACGCCCCAAGAGAAGAGAGAGGCUGAGGCUAGAGGACUGACGCCUGAGAUGCGGAUGAGGCUGGAGCGAGAAAGAAGAGCAAGGGCUGCUGAGGAGAGAUUGCGAAAGAUGCAAAGCGGCGGAUGA